CACCCCUAGACCCUCCCCGAGCUGAAGACAAGGAGGAAGUGGCUUCCCUUUUCCCCGCCCUCGCCCGCAGCCCCCUCCCUCCCGGCUGGCUCGGCUCUCGGCUUGGCGGCGGCGGCGGCGGGAGCGGAUAAGAAGUCUGCUGAGAAAUAAAAGGACAUUAAAGAAGAAUAUCUACUUAUCAGAGACAGAUUCAGUGUGGAAGAAUGGCUAAUUUUGACAAAAGCCUCAGCCUGGAAGAUGCUUUAACUGAAACACCACCAGAAAUCGAGGAAGAGAUAAAACGGGACUUCAUGAAUACACUAGAAGCAGAGACAUUUGAUGAUGUGGUGGGAGAAACUGUGAGCAAAACAGAUUACAUCCCCCUCCUGGAUGACGAUGGGAAAACUGGGAACCCAGAGUCAAAGAGCAAACCUCAUCUGGAUGGUGGUCAGGUUGAAAGCAACACACCUACCAAACCAACAGUGUUAGCCAAUGGUGAUCAUGAACUAGGAGAGAAUGAUGCCACAGAUCCUUAUCAGAUGUACCAAGGUAAUAUCUUGUCAGAUUUGCUGUAUGUCUCUCCUGGAAUGGUGAACAGUUCCCCAUUUGCAGAGCAUGUGGAUUCUACAAAGGAUAAUAUUGCAGAUGUGCACUCCUAUGAUUCAUAUGUUCCAAGUACUGAGACAGGAUCAGGAGGAUGGCCUAUGGAAGCCCAGACGCCUUCUGACCCAUCACCCUUUGUCUUCCUGGAAGAGACUAACCCUCAUUCUCUACACCCCACAGCAGAACCAAUCAAGGAAGUAGAGAUGGAGGUGGAAUUAACUAAAGAAGCAUCACCAAUGAAGGAAGUGGAAAUGACCCUGGAAGUGCAGAAAGCACCAACAAUGGAGAUGACCCCUGCCAAGGAGAUCAAGAAUGAACCCGCUAUGGAGAUAGCAUCAGACAAAGAGAUGGAGGAUGAACCAGUGAUGGAGGUACCAUCAGUCAAGGAGGUGGAGGAUAAACCAUCUAUGGAGGUGCCAUCAUUCACGGAGCUGGAGGAUGAACUGGUUAUGGAGGUGCCAUCAGUCAAGGAGGCGCCAUCAUUCAAGGAGGUGGAGGAUGAACCAACUUUAGAGAGAGCACCAGACAGAGGGACUCAGGCAGACCAAGCCAUAGAGAUAGCACCAACCCAACAGAUCCAAGAGGUACCGUUGCUGGAUACGGAUCUGGCCACCGAGAGCAAGGUGAUACCAGACAAGGAAGCUCAGUUGGCACCAGCUAUUGAGUUGGUGAAGGUACCAGCUGUGGAGAUGGAACCAAGCAAGGAAGCUCAGCUGGUACCAGCCAUGGCAUUGACACCAACCAAGGAGAUAGAGGUGGAAACAACACCAGCCAAGGAGGUGAAAGUAGAAAAAAUGAGUGAAGAUCAGAGACUGCCAUCUCCUCAGGCUGGAGGGAGUCCAGUUUUCAUGGCCUCACCAGAUUCAGAGUCCCCUAAGAUACCUGGCAUAGAUGAUUUGCAACCACUACAAGAGCAGAAACUGCAGGGAGUUUUUCCUCCUAACACAGAAUCAAGAACAGAUUCCAAAGUGGCUGAUACAAAUCAUGCUGAACAACCAGCUCCUGUUCCUGUAGCUGAAGUGAAUCCUUUUAAACCUUGUUCUGAGAAUUCCCCAGCUUUACCUACUGAAGUACCAUUAGAACCAGUUGGGGUCAUAGAACAAAAAGUUUACUUGCCAGAAACCUCAGUUUCUGCAGAAGAUAAAGCUUUUAAAGAAACUAGAAGAGAUAAAGCCUUGGUAUCUUCUUCAGAGAUUAUAGCAGAAACACUGAAGACAACACCAUUAAUACAAACUAAAGCUUCCCCACUAAAAGAAACCACUCCUUCCGUUGAUUUCGCUGAGUUAGAAAAGCCAAAGGGAGAGAAUGAAUUCAGCCAUGUAUCCUCUUCAGAGCCUCCUCUGGAGCCUACAGCCAAACCAGACGAAGUUCAGCCCUCUGCAAGUUUGAAUGGAAAUGACAUCACUGCUCCUCCGAAUAAGGAGCUACCCCCAAGCCCUGAGAAGAAAACAAAGCCAUCAAGCACUACUCCAUCUACAAAGACCGCUACACUGAAAACCAAAUCAGUGCCCACUCCCACCCCCAAGCGACCAGUUUCCACCACUCCUAGUGGCCCAAGCAAAAAGCCCAUGAGCCCUGCUCCAGGCCUAGCGCCAGCUGCCCCACCCAAACGACCUGCUGCUGCCACGGCUGCCACCCGGCCCUCUUCCUUAAUCUCAAGAGAUGGAAAACCAAAGGCUCCGGAUGCAAAGACCCCUGAGAAAAGGACCCCACUGUCCAAAUCUCCUUCUGCCACCACUAUUAAAACUGCCUCAAAGAGCACCCCAACCACCCCACGAGUCACAGUGGCUGCUUCUUCCACAACUGGGCCAAUCAGUAGGAGCACCUCUUCUUCUCCUCCCAAGAAACCUUCCUCUCUCAGGAACGAGUCAAAGCCGACAGAGAUCAAGAAGACUACUGCUAAAUCCUCACUAGUGGACUUGAGUCGUCCCAAGAGUGCCCCUACCGUCACUCAGAAGACCACCAGCACCUUGUCUUCAGGGGGCCCUCCUUUGCCAGGGGCAGCUCCCAGCCGGGUCAAGGCCAAACCUGUCACCCUGAGGCCAUCUACAACCCACUCUGCGGACACCAAGAAGCCAGGAGUGCCUAAGGCUGCCCCAACUAAACCAAAUCCUGCAGCCCCACGACCUGGCCGCCCAACAACUAGCAUCUCUGUGCCGGACCUUAAAAAUGUUCGUUCUAAGAUUGGCUCCACAGACAACAUCAAGCACCAGCCAGGUGGAGGCCGGGCCAAAGUAGAGAAAAAAACAGAGGCCAUCGGCACAGCACGAAAGCCUGAACCCAGUGCAGUCACUAAAACCACCACCACCUUUAAAGCAGCUGAAACAAAAGAGAGUGCACAAAAACAACCUAAUGGGAAAGUCCAGAUAGUCUCCAAAAAAGUGAACUACAGCCAUGUUCAAUCCAAGUGUGGUUCCAAGGACAAUAUUAAGCAUGUCCCUGGAGGUGGGAAUGUACAAAUACAGAAUAAGAAAGUUGACAUUUCCAAGGUGGCCUCGAAGUGUGGCUCCAAAGCAAAUAUCAAACACAAACCUGGAGGAGGUGAUAUCAAGAUUGAAAACCAGAAGCUGAACUUCAAGGAGAAGGCCCAGGCGAAGGUGGGAUCCCUGGAUAAUGUUGGGCACUUGCCUGCAGGUGGCACAGUCAAGACUGAGGGGAGCGGCGAGGUGGCCCCGCUGUGCCUGGCCCCUCCGAGCGGGGAGCCACCUGAGGCCCAAGCAGGCCCCAACACGCAGGCGAAUGGCGUAGGGCACCUAACCCCCUCACUGGGUGGUGACCAAAGGGAAACUCAGACCUUCGACACCCAGAUCCAGGAGACAAGCAUCUAAUGAUGAAAUUCUGGUCUCGUCUUCCAUCCCCCUUCCAAUAACCCUAACCCUAACCCUACCCCUUCCCCUUCCCCAUUCCCAUCUCUUCCUCUUCCUCUUCUACAUCUUUCCUCUACUCCUUACCUCCUGUAUCCCCACUGCCUCCCCACUGUCU